GCGAGUCAUAGCCGCUAGACAGAUCACUAGGAAGCUUGUCUCGCCGCCAGCGCACUACAUGCCCAUCCCAGACCCGGCAGCCAGUCCCAACAGUGGGCAAGGCCUCGUAGUGGACAAUCAUGCUGAUAACUACAUCCUCAACACUUGUUUGGAAGUCAUCUACUCUGGUGAUCAUGUGAUGUUAAUAACCGACAAUCCAGACAUAUACAACGAUGCAAAAUCUCUAAACAUAGAUUGCUUCAAAACUAAAGAACUAAAAGAUGGCGCUUGCAACACCAAAACAGAAGUGUCGUUCGAUUUGAAAAAAGUUCCUCAAAACGUUUCAAACGAAAGUACCAACUUAUUCUUGCAACCGGCGAGCGAAUUUGAGCCUUACAUCGUUAAGAAUAAAGAAGGAAACCCAGCGAAUCCGUUAUACGAUAAGAUUCUAGAGGAAAUGAACGCCGACUCCAAUUCUAGAAGGAAAAAUAGUUUUAAAGACGCCAACACUUCUCCUAUAGAUGGCAAGCUAUUGCGUAUGCGUGACAAACAAAUUGAUACAAAUAAAAAAGUAAUAACUAUGCCACAGAUCGAAAAAAGUUUCGAAAACACUGUCCAAAUAGGUUUGGACAUGCAGAACCUCUUUAUAAAAGAAACAAAAAACAACGAAGUGCCAACAGAAAAACAAAAUGUCAGAUUUGAAAAUGAAACAGAAAAAACAAUAGAAAUGGCAGAAAAAAGUUCGAAUAUAAACUCUUUGGAUGAUCUUUUAAGUGUUUACAGCGUUAAAAAUAAAGAAAUGGAGGAUAAUAUUAAAUUGAGACUGGAUGAAUGGAUAUGUUCUUUUGCUCAGUUAAUGGAAGAGGCACUGGUUGAAGUUUUGGUGCAACAUUCACCAAUCACAGACAAGCUCUCCCCGCCAUGGGUGUUAUAUGACUCCAUCAGAAGAAUCCAGGAGUUGUAUGGCUCCCAUUCAGAAGUGAACAUGGUCACUGAUAAACUUAAAUGUAUGCUGUUGAACCAUAGCAGCCAAAUUGGUAAAUUUAAGUCAUCCAUCAAGCCGAAUGAUUUCGUCAAGAUAGUAGGAUGCGGUAUGAUAUUGGUUGAGACGUUGAAGUCGGUCCAACCAUCAGUAUCUCUACAAGAGACAUCGGACGCCAUCUCGUCGCUGCUACAAAACAUGUCUCGCCCCCCAGAAGUGCCUGAGUUCACCACGCCCUUAGUGUGCAGGGAGCGCGAGCGAACGACCGAGGAAAGACGGAACUAUGUGAAAAGGCCUUCUGAAAUAAUGCAGUAUUUGAAGGCACACUUCGAAGAUUGGAAAGACUACGAAAUACCGCAAGAUUAUGACAACGAAAUGCAGCCCGGACCUACUGUAGUAAGGACUACCGGCAAAGACUUGAAUCUACUAAACAUUGAUAAAGACAAAUCUAUCACUUUAAGAUCUCAUACGAUCAACCUCAUGAAAGCAGUAAAUGAAAACGAUACGACUGCAUUCGAAAAACCACAAAAAUCUACCAAAAUCGACGGUAUAUACGCUAUCAACGACGAAAAAUCUAAAUACCAAUUCAACACUGGCAACAUUAAAGAAUCGCCCAUUGUGUUCCGGAAGUUUGACAGCUCGUUUAUUUUCAAAAUUAGAAACGACAACAAGGCAACAAAUGACAUUGAUAUAACUGAAAAUGUUGAAAUAUUCAAAAGGCAUGAAGCAAAUGUAGCUAAAAAUGUAGAAUUGCCAAAAACAAAAGAAAAUACAGGAAGUUUUCUGAAUACCAAGUCUAAUAUUACAAAUGAUAAAACAGAACCUAAAAUCAUAAGAACGUUCGACAUUUUCAAACAAAAGACAAACGACAGUGCCAAUAAAGAUGAGAAUUUAAACAUGUCUAAUCAUGGCAACACCACACAAACAGAAACGCCUGUACCGAAAGUGGUGAGGACAUUCGACAAUCUAUUCUUACCAAAAUCAAAUGAUAAAACCCCCAAAGAUAUAAUAGAGGAUUUGAACGUCCCUCAACAUGGCAACACUUUUGCUGACAACAAAACAACUGGACCGAAAGUGAUAAGGAAUUUGAAGCCCAUCGACGCUUUUGAAGACAAAUUGAAAGAUGACAAUCAAAAACUAGACCUGGACGCCCUAGAUUAUUCCGAAAUAGACAGAUCUAUGUCUGAAACUGUCAUAAUCGAAAACGAAUCGAUUGAGAACGUCAGUUUUGUCUACGAAAUCAGAAAUCGACCGAAACCGACAAUUGACAAGAAUGUGAUAGAAAUUCACGAUACGGAUAGCAAAAGCACUCAAGUGAUAGUAAAUAAUGAUAGCGCGUUUAAUGAUAGUAAUGAUAAAGUUAAUGAUUCGUUAAUUAACAAUUGCAAUUCGACGAUAGAUGAUGCAAAGCCUACUAAUGAUGAUGCGACGAAUGACAGUGGUUUUGAAAAUGAAGGGGUGCAAGCUUAUUCGCUGGUGAAGAUAUUUUUGGCUGAGCUUAGCGUCUCUGUGAAGGAAAUUUAUGAAUUUAUAAUGAAAAGUAUAAACGAAUUUCGCGAAGACGAAACUCAGGAGGAAAAGAGACGGAUGCUGCAUGAGAGAGCCAACACGACCCACGUGAUCAUCGCUGAAAUCAUAGGCAAUUUGAAAAGGAUCAUCCAAAGAGAGGCUAACGAAGACACGUCCAUCAGAGCCUUGCUUUUAAAAGCAGGCGCCCAGGCUACCGGUGACAAACGAAUGACUAGGUACAGGCAAGUGGUAAUGAAAUGUCUAGAACAAGCCCAGAUCUUGGAGAACGCUCUGAAAACUGUGCUAGUGUUGACAGACGACCUCGAUGCUUCGGUCAGCAACUAUUCUAACCAGACUGGUACGCGGUAUUUUAAUAUAUUCGAGUGAUUUAUGAAAGAGAGAAGAGAGAAGAAUAAUAGAAGUUAUCAUUGGUAUGUAUAUUAUAUGAUAUACUAGCUUUUCGCCCGCGUGGAAUUUUCCCGCUUUUCUGUUGAAAUUUUUCCUGAAUUUUCUUUGCUAUAAACCUCACGGAGCCCGAGACCUUUCCAACGAAUGCAAAACCGUGGAAAUCGGUUCGUGCGUUCUGGAGUUAUAGCGUCAGGAAGGAAAACCCGACUUAUUUUUAUAUGGUAUAUUAUAGUUCUUGCAAC